AUGGCUACUUUUACUUCAGUUCCUCAGAAGACUUCAUCUAAGUUCAGACAUUACAACCCUACGUUGCUCAAGCAUACGCAAUCUAAGCCUAGGGCUAAGAAGACCGUAAAGAAUGAUUAUAGAAAUCAUGGAGAAGUAACGACUCAAUCUUUAGGAUUGCUGUCAUAUCUAGAAAACGAAAGCAACCUUCCCGCCGUCCCUCAACAGACACUCCAGGUACAGACAACAGGCCAUGUGGAAGAUGUUGACGGCAUGGACUCAGAAAAGUGCGACCUGUUUGGAGUAAACCAUAGAAUAGGCACCCAUGGGUUUUCAAUGGGCGAUAGUCACUAUCAGCUUCACCGUGAGUUGUGCGAUGAGGAAGUUAUGGACCACGCAACAUUGGGGUUAGACUUGAAUGAGUCGUUUCAUGGGGACGACUUACAUUCGAUUACCGAAAGUGCCGCGAUUGGCAAUAAUCACAACGGUUCUCCCAAUGCUCAGGAUAAAAGCCAGUAUCUUACCACUGCCAAUUGUAUGGACCACGCCAAACAGCGCGGUGAUCUCCAUACAGCUGUAGAGUACGCUUUCUCUACAGAGUAUGUUGAAGAUACUUAUCAUGAAGGACUCACAGUAGAGGAAGAAAUGCCCUCCAGCAUCCCUAGUGUGGUGAAUGAAUCGUCAAAAAGCCAAAAACGAUCGCAUCAAUCUUCGGUUGCUGAUGACACAAUAACAAUCCUGGAAGCAGUGCCGGACGUUGUGCCGGAUCCAGAGCUUGAUAAUCCUCACCCAUCGAAGCGGCAAAGGAUGGCUGAGCGACAGGCACCGAGCCCCAUAAUCGAGCCUACAAAUAUGCCUGAACCAACACUGCUGCAUGUUUGCGACCAAACUUCCUGUAUUAGUACUAGUGACAGCUAUAUUGAUAGUCCUCCAUGUGCUGGCCAUGAAGAAGAUCGUACCAUUAGUCUAACCCUCCCUCUGACUGAUCUCUGCGAUGAACAACACCGCGACGGCACUUAUGUCCAGGGAGCAAUCAAAGAGCGACUACAAGCACAAGAAUACAUAAUUCUUCCUAAAGAACUAGAGUUAGGAGAAAAUGUCAACCGAGAAUCCAGCAGGCGUGGGGUAAGUGGACAAGGCAGUUGUAGCAAGACUGGGGAAAUCUAUGGAGAGAAAUCCAGCCAUAGUGAGGCGUGCGACAUGCCUCUAUUGAGAUCUCAACCGCGCAGGCACAGGGUUUGGACGCCUGAGAUACGACGCAGGCCAUCCAACACUGCUCUUAGAAAAUUGGACUACAAUGCAGUACCUACGAGGCCAGCGCAACAAGGAGAGUUAAGCCAACCACAACAAGAUUCAAUAUCGGAACGACUCGAUAUCAAUGCAGGGUCACAAGCUUGUUUCCCAGUGUCGAAUUCUUCAGGCGCGACGGCUGAAGAUAAUAUCAAUGUCGAUUACAAAUCUGGAUUUAGCAUGUCUUGUCAGAUCACUGAUCUAACACUUUACGCUAUUCCAAAUGACUCUUCAGUCGUGUCAGCAAUAUUGCGCCAUUGUAACCCGAGUCGUUUUCUCGAUCUAGUAGCACUCGGUCACAAGGUCCUCGGCGAACAAGGCAAAGUUAUCCGCAUGACCCAGCUAUCACCAAAUUCAUGGGUGCUGCUAGGAUACCAGUGUAACGGCAGUGCUGCAGACCCCUGGGAUCGCGGAGGAUUCAAGGCGAAUUGGAUGAGCAGUGCCCAUGAUGACGUUGCUAGUCAUGGAACGGACCGCUCAAACGAUGGCUAUGACGAAGAGGAUGAGAAUGGAGACGAGAAUACGAGAGGACACAGCCAACGGACGCACAAGCGAUGGCUAGAGUCAGAAGAAGUACUUUUACUCUCAUUAAAGGAUAAACAGGGCAUGGAGUGGGAAGAGGUAUGUCAACGCUUCCCUGACCGGUCGGCGGGUGCGGUAAAAUUGCGCUACUACACAUUGAAGAAACGCUCGUAG